CGGUGCCUAUUCGAGAAAUUUGUAAAAAAAAGAAGAAAAGAAGAGAAACCGACAGACUCGAUUCUCCGUCGAACAGUCCCCUGUGAACAUGUCCAAGUACAAUAUCCAAGAUUUCGACCUCGAAACGGGGAAACAGGUCCGGUUAACCGGAUACAGUAACGCCGCCUUCGAAGACCCACUUCAGAGCAACAACAAUGAUUCCGAUCAAACUACCGAACUCGAAAAUAGGCUGAGCAGCAUUCGUCCUUGCACUCAGGACAACAAAACUGUGAACAACGAUGCUUCACAAAAUCCUGAAAAAAAUCUGUUAUGCUCCUUGGGAAGGAAAUGGCUGUAUGAACGAAUCAAAAGCACUUGUAGGAAAAAGUUGCUCUAUAAAAGGGUGCCUAUUACAGCAUGGAUACAAAAGUAUGACAAGGACUAUAUAGUAAGUGAUCUUGUUGCCGGUAUUACCGUAGGCCUUACCGUUAUACCACAAGCGAUAGCUUAUGCGAAUGUCGCAGGACUCCCUCUACAGUAUGGCUUAUACUCGUCUUUCAUGGCGUGCUUUGUAUACACCAUCCUAGGAUCCUGCAAAGAUGUGCCAGUCGGACCAACUGCAAUUAUCGCAAUUUUAACAAGAGAAACGUUACAGAAAUCCGAUUUAGGACCUGAUUUUGCGAUCCUGUUAACCCUCAUUUCUGGCUGUGUCUGUUUAUUAAUGGGAAUUUUACACUUAGGUUUCUUAUUGGACUUCAUAUCAGGACCAGUCUCCGUCGGUUUCACAUCAGCCGCAGCAAUUAUCAUUGCUACUAGCCAAGUGAAGGAUAUUCUAGGCAUUCAUAUCGGUGGCAGUAAGUUCGUCGAAGUAUGGCAGAAUAUAUUCGAAAAAAUCGGCGAAACGAAGCUCUGGGACACUGCGUUGGGCAUCACUUGUAUAAUUGUACUUCUUCUUCUUAGAAAACUCAAAGAUAUACCGUUUAUGCAGAAAGCCGCGAAAAUGUCGUCGAAAGUGCAAGUGAUUAUGCAAAAAUCCCUUUGGUUGCUUUCUACGGCUCGAAACAUUCUCGUGGUCCUCGUUUGCGGCAUCAUGUGCUGGCUUUUAGAAAGUCACUUAGGUUCCUCGCCUGUUAGACUGACGGGCCAUGUUAAACAAGGACUUCCGGAAUUUCGGCUGCCACCGUUUCAAACCAACCACAAGAACGAAACUUACGACUUCGUUGACAUGGUCUCCGCCCUUGGUUCUGGAUGUCUAGUCAUUCCUUUAUUGACUCUCUUGGAAACCAUCUCUAUUGCCAAAGUCUUUAAUGAAGGUAAACCAAUCGAUGCAACACAAGAAAUGUUGGCUUUGGGUGCUUGUAACGUUGUCUCGGCUUUCGUUUCUUCCAUGCCUGUCAGUGGUGGCCUCAGCCGCGGAGCCGUGAACCAUUCGUCCGGAGUAAAGACCACUCUUGGCGGUGUUUAUACCGGUCUUUUAGUACUCGUGUCGCUUCAGUUCCUCACCCCGUAUCUGUACUUUAUUCCUAACGCUGCCCUUGCGGCUAUCAUCAUCGCCGCUGUCAUCUUCAUGGUGGAAUUGCACGUGAUCAAGCCUAUAUGGCGAACGAAAAAAAUUGAUCUCAUACCAGCAAUAGCCACAUUUUUAUGCUGUCUUUUUAUAAGGCUUGAACUAGGUAUAGUAAUUGGUAUCGGUAUAAACGUCCUGUUCCUACUUUACGCAUCAGCGAGGCCGUCGUUACGAGUUCAUAAAGAUACAAGCAUUAACGGCUGUGAAUAUCUUGUCAUAACGCCCGACAGAAGUCUCGUUUUUCCGAGUGUCGAGUAUGUGCGGGCUGUAAUUAGUAAGCAAGGUACAAAACAGGGAAUCACAGUACCUGUUGUCAUAGAUUCCACGCAUAUUCAAGCAGCAGAUUUUACGGCCGCAAAGGGUAUUAAAAGUUUAACGGAGGAUUUUUCUAAACGUGGACAACCUUUGAUCUUUCAUAAUUUAAAACCGAGUGUUAUUGAAAUUUUCAAAGGUGUAAGACCCUCUGGUUUAAGAUGUAGUUCUAGCGAACUUGAACUUAAUGACUGCCUGAAAGAAUUUUCAAAUAUUUCGGCAGCUACCAUGAACAGGUACUGACAAUACUUAGACUUUUAUCAAAAUUCCGCCCUGGAAGUACUGUUUUCUUAUUUUAUAUGUAUCAGUAUUAUAUUAACGAAGA